AUGUCUUCACUGUUCCUGGGUCAUACGAUAGACGCGUCGAUUAUCACCAAACAAGAAUGGACGAUGGUAAACUUCGAUGACGAGAAAUUAAAACAAGCAAUGGUGCUACUCGCUCCCAUUUACGUGCGUUUCGGAGGGAUCCUCAGCGACCAUACCAUUUUCGCCGAGAAGCGUCCGCGCGACGGGGGAUCCCAACAUCGUCGGAAGGAGAAAAAACACAAGAAAGGGAUUGUUCCUCCAGACGCCUACACGAUUUACGGGGACGAUAUCGAUCGCUUGCUCAAGUUCACCGAUGAUUCAGGGUCGCGGCUCCUCUUCUGCCUGAAUUCACACCUUCAUUCGGAUGGCAAGUGGAACUCUUCGAAUGCGUUCCAGCUCGUCGACUACAUCAUCUCCAAAAACUUCACCAGCAUCGACUUCUCCGUCGGAAACGAGCCGCGGCGUAACUACAACAUUUCAGGUAUCGACAUUGGUAAAGCUGUCAAGGCCCUGCGGCGAAAGUUGAACAAAUCGCCGCUCCAUGGCUCGAAGAUUAUAGCACCGGAUGUGAGCCGUUUGCAGAAAUUCGGGAGGGAAUUCUUGAACAAAACGAUCAGCUUCGCGGGAAAGCACCUCUUUGCAGCCAGUUUCCACCAGUAUUAUGUCAACGGAAGCAACACAACGUGGAGGGGACUGAUCCACCCGACGACUCUCGAUUUUCUCGACAGAAAAAUUUCGACCGCCCAACGGGUCGUGAAAUCAUCACGCAAACCGGAAACUCCUCUGUGGAUCACCGAGUCCGGUUCGGCUUUCGGAGGUGGUGCUCUGGGGCUUUCUCGAAGUUUCGUGGCGGCUUUGGGAUACGCUGACAAACUCGGUCUGGCGGCAACUAGGGGAAUCUCUCACGUGAUGAGACAAUCUUUGUUCGGGGGACGUUACAGGUUGUUCAAUAUGAGUGAACGGUAUGAACCCAGCCCCGAAUACUGGGUAGCCUACCUUUUUCGGCUCUUGAACGGUGAAGUGGUGAGAGCGAUACGCCCGAAUCCAUCGUUCGCUCAUCUGCGUUGCUACUGCUUCGGAGAUCCGGACCGCCGAACAAUUACUGCGAUGUUCAUCAACGUGCACACCACGGAAAAGUACAUCUUACGGACGAGCACUCAUCAACUUCUGAAGACGCAGAGAUGGGACUAUCUCGUGACAAGCCAGGGCGACCCUAGCGCUUCGAUCGAGAUUCUCGUCAAUAAACGUCUGCUGAAGCUCCCUGACGAUCCGGCCGAAAGAUUCAUACCGCCCAAAGGAGAAUUGCGGUCCGGAAAGGACGUGCUGGUGCUCCCUGCCUUGAGCAUGGCCUUCUCCGUGUAUAUCAUGCAGAAUACCACUGCUUGA